CAACAAAAGUUCAGUAUGCAGAGUUGUGUCAUCAAUGGCAAUGGAGGAAAAACAGAGCAGUACGGGAACUAAUUAUACUCCAGAUCCAGGGGGAGCAGAGACAACACAAGAUGCCCAACGUGACCAAAGGCCAGAGGAAAUUAUCAGCAGACAGCUGAGUGAACAGGGCCGCUUUGCUUAUGCUGCACUCUGUGGAGUCUCUUUGGGCCAGUUGUUUGCUGGACCUGAAAACAGUGCUUUCAGGGAGGACUACCUGAAGGGUUUGGUGCAAUGGCUGGACCUGGACGAGUCAGUGAUGCCGGUCAUGGGAGCAUUCCUGUCUGGCCUCGGGUUUGAGGGCUCCGACACCUUCCUGUCCAUCCUGCAGGCUGAGCCUCUGCUGGCUGCUGGGGCGACCCCCAUCAUACAGGAUUUGGUGUCAUUUUCUGUCAAAGAUGGUCAGUACGAUGCCAGAGCAAGGGUCCUCAUCCGUCAUGUCAGCUGUCUGCUGCGAGUUCUUCCUCAGCAGCUGGAGGAGUUUGAGGAAACACUCGGAGAGAGGCUGAGAGAAAGAGGAGAGGAGAGCGAAGAGGAAUCGUCUCGACGGCAGAAGAGGGAACGGGGGCGAAAGUUACGACGAUACCUCCUGAUUGGAUUAGCUACUGUGGGCGGAGGAACCGUUAUUGGUGUGACAGGUGGGCUGGCAGCCCCGUUGGUGGCAGCAGGGGCUGGUGCUGUGAUUGGGGCUGGAGGGGCCGCUGCUCUGGGGUCAGCCACAGGCAUUGCAAUCAUGGCCUCCCUGUUUGGAGCAGCAGGAGCAGGAUUGACAGGUUAUAAAAUGAAUAAAUGUGUUGGGGAAAUUGAAGAAUUUCAGUUCCUGCCUCUCAGUUCUGGGAAACAUCUCCACCUGACCAUCGCAGUGACAGGUUGGCUCUGCAGUGGUAAAUACAGUUCCUUCCAGGCCCCGUGGUGCAGCCUGGGUGAGUGUGGGGAGCAGUACUGCCUGGUGUGGGAGUCUCGUUUCCUCAGAGAUCUGGGAUCAGCCCUGGCCUCUCUGCUGGACGGGCUGGUGAGCAUCGUGGCUCAGGAAGCGCUCAAGUACACCGUACUCUCAGGUAUUGUGGCAGCUCUGACGUGGCCUGCGUCUCUGCUAGCAGCAGCCAGCGUCAUCGAUCAUCCCUGGUGUGUUUGUCUGAACCGCUCAGCAGAGGUGGGGAAACACCUGGCUCAGGUUUUAAGAAGCAGACAGCAGGGGAAACGCCCUGUAAGUCUUAUUGGGUUUAGUCUUGGUGCCAGAGUUAUCUACUACUGUCUACAGGAGCUGGCCAAUGACCAAGGUAGUGAAGGAGUCGUGGAGGAUGUGGUCCUUCUAGGCGCCCCUGUAGACGGCUCUGAAAAAGCCUGGGAGAGAAUGACGAGAGUGGUGGCUGGAAAAAUAGUGAAUGGCUACUGCAGAGGAGACUGGCUCCUGGGGUUCCUGUAUCGAAGUUCGUCGGCACAAAUGUCGGUUGCUGGGUUGCAGCCAAUCAACAUCCAGGAUCGGCGUCUGAUCAAUGUGGAUCUUUCUUCUGUGGUGAACGGCCACCUGGACUACAUGCGUCAGAUGGACACCAUCCUGGUGGCGGUAGGAGUUCCCACUAAAGAAGUCCCAGGAGCAUCUUUUGCUCUUUCUCAGCCUGAAACAAUUUCAAAAGAGACUGUGGACGUCCCGGACCAAAGUCCUGAUGACAAACAAGUGACAGAGACCCAGAAACAGGCAGAGACUGAGGCGGUUAAGACUUGUGAAGAAGACAUCGAAAAUGCAAAAGAGGCAACAGAGACGGAGGAUGUAGGUGAUGGCUGGGACAUCCCUGAUAUUUCCGACCUUCUAGACUCAUUAAACGAUACAGAACCAGAGAGUCAAACCCAGUCUAGGAACAAUUUAACCUCUGAGGAGGCUGCCACAAAUGACAGCGCUGCCUCUGAUUUAAAUAGCCAGUGCGAUGCUGAAGAGGAUCCUGAGAAUGAACACAUAUCAUGGAGUUGGGAUGAUACACAAUGGACGACAGAACACACAUACAAACAAAGGCAGCCAGACUUGUAGGGAGCAUGUUACAGCACCAGCUGCUUCACUGUAAAAGCGCAUUUUCUCAAGUUUUGGGGGCUUUGUCAGAGAAAAUAAUCCACUCUCAGCACACUGACAUGCCAGAGAUAGAAAUGCACACAUAUGGCAGCCUCCGCUGAAAAGCCUCUGAAUUAACAGCUGACCAAUGGAUGUUUUUAGCUAAUUCAAUAACAUUUAGAAAUGUACAAACUGUAAAUAGUGUUAGUAAUUUAUUUAGAGCCUUACUGUGAGAUCUAAUAGCUCCAAAUAAUCAGAGAUGUUGGAUGAUGCUACAAAAGGUGACAUCUGCGUUCCUCUCACCCUUCUUGUUUGUGUCAGAUGUCUCUGUUGCUAUGGAUAUUAUCACAGUCAUUUAAUCUCUACAAGGCUGAGGAGGUAAUUCAGAGAAUUUGUCUUCUUUAAGAUCUUUAAUCCUCUCUGUUUUUGAUCUUUUAAAUGUGAAGUGCUGCUUAACAGAGUCAGCAGAGUUCAGUUACAGUUCAAACUGAAGAUGAGAGUUGUUAAAGUAUUAACUUUAGUGUUUUUUAAUAGUGUUUUUAUAAUGUUAAUUUCUGUGUCAUAACUGGAAAGAACCGCAUAAGUAAAUAUGUGUAAUCUGGAGACUGAUGGGUUUACCAGCAUAGGCUGUAUUAAAAAUGGAUGGUGAAUACGUGCCUAAAAUGAUGCCAAAAGAUUCAAAGCUCCCUCUUCUGACUGGUUGCAGUAUAGGUCAUGAACGCCACCUUUUCUAUGUUAACAGAUGGGUCAUGGGUCAAACUAUAGAACUAAAAUGCAUGUAUAUCGUUUUUAACCAGGUUAUGCUAUUACAGUUAUUAUCAUGCUAUUCUGAAUUCAAGUCAUCUUCCGUCCAAGAGGUUUUACAUAAAUUUGAUGUUAUAUAACAGCUUAAAAUCUUAAAAUGCAAUGAUUGACCACUCUUUUGAAGAAUGCCGCUCUCUUUACAUGUGAAAAUAAAUCUGCACUGCCUACAUACAUACUACAUUGGAGUCGAUAUUAAAAAAAAAAAUCAGUCCACAAGAGGUCACUGCUCACUCAGACCUCCACGACUCCUCUGUUGCUGCUCUGUCCAUCCUCCACCCAGUUGUAUUUACAUGUUUCUGUGCCUAGAUGAGCCAACACCAUAUAUAUGUUUGUAGUUUCUAACAACUCACAGUAUUUGGAGAUGAGAAAAUUAAAGUCAAAGUCUG